UUCUUUUUGCUGCUGUUCAAUGUUUGUGAGAGUUUCAUAUCGAUCGUCUCAGCCAUUGUGGAACGCAAUCGCCUCAUCUUUCAAGUCGGUUUGUAUCCAAAUACUGAUGGUUUUGUUGGUCGUUUAGGAGCAGAAGUGGAAAAGAGUUCCUAUCAACCUACAGAUGAUGCUAACUUGGCUGGUAGCACUACACUUGCGGAAACGAGAACUCAUAAUGACGGUUCUUUUGAAGUCGAAGGAGGAUUGUCAUCAUUGUUAACUAUGGAUGCGCGUCUAAAGAUAACUCACGAUUGCAAGGACAGAUGGGUAGGUCAGGAAAGGGUGUCAUAA